AUGCCGCAAGUGGAGAACUAUGACGGAAACAAGGACCCUUUCGAUCACCUGGAGUAUUUCAAGACCCUGAUGCACCUCCAGGGGAUACCAGAUGAGAUCAUGUGUAGGGCCUUCUCCAUCACGCUGAAGGGCCCCACGAGGAUAUGGUUCAACAGGCUGAUACCCAAUUCCAUUAGUUCCUUCAAGGAGCUAAGCGCCCAAUUCGCAUCGCACUUCGUCGGGGGACAUAGGUAUAAAAAAUCUAUGGCAUGUCUGAUGAAUAUAAAGCAGCGGGAGGACGAGACACUUAGGUCCUACAUAACUCGGUUCAACAAGAAGGCCUUCUUAAUUGAUGAAGCGAACGACAAAAUACUAGUGGCAACAUUCACUAAUGGGUUACAGAAGGGUAAAUUCUUAUUUUCUCUAUACAAGAACAACCCAAAUACCAUGUCGGAUGUGCUUUAUAGGGCCACCAAAUAUAUGAACGUAGAAGACGCAUUACUGGCUCGUGAGGAGAAGCCCAGAAAGAGGGAGCGACAGGAGGACACACAGCAGGAUAGGGGGCGAAAGAUGAUCAAAGACGAAGGAAUCCUGACGUUCCCCGGCAAGCUGAAGGGAGAUCCCAGUAAGAGGCCAAGGGACAAGUACUGCCAUUUCCAUCGAGACCACAAACACGACACAGCUGACUACUACGAUCUGAAACAGCAAAUAAAAGCUUUUAUAAGACAAGGGAAGUUACAGAGGUUCGUUAGUAAGGAGAGAACGGAUCCACCCCAAGAGCAGGCCCUGCGACGAGAGAAUGAGUGCCCAAAGCCGCCCAUUGGAGACAUAAGGAUGAUCGUAGAGGGCACGGCAACUUCUGGGUCGACCAAAAAAGCCCGGAAAAGCUACUUGAGAAUGAUCCAGAACGUCCAGCUUACGGGCGUUGUACCCAAAAUGGCACAGAUCGACAACCCCGACAUAAGAUUCUCAGAAGAAGAUGCUCGAAAGCUGCACCACCCGCAUGACGACGCGCUUGUUGUCAGCUUGUAG